AUGGCUCAUGCAUCUGAGGCGGGCUCCGAUGUAGCCCAACCCAAAUUCGUUCGGUUGUGCUGGAUUGAUUUGACUGGACGAGUUCGAUGUAGAGUAGUGCAUAGGACGAGGUACGAGAAGAUGAUUCUAUCCCCCCCUGAAUCCAUCUUGUCAUUACCAGCUUGCGUGAUGGGAUUGGGUCAUCACGAUGAACUGGCGCCUGGGUUCGGUCCCUCAGGAGAUCUUUACCUGCAACCCGACAAGAUUUCGUACCGAGCAUUAACUUACUUUCCUAAUCAUGCAAUGGUCAUGUGUAGUCUUCUAAGGCGAAGGGACCCGGACAGCCAUCAAACAUCCGAAACCCAUACCAAUCACUUUUCCCCCUACCCACUAUGUCCACGAUUCAUCCUGAGUUCAACUCUGCAUUCAGGAAUAGCCGAGAGUGGCGUCUCUUAUCUGAUUGGGUUCGAAAUCGAAGUCGUCUUGCUCAAGUCUUUCCAACCUCUUGAGCCGGUUGAGAGUGGACCACACUUUUGGAGCAGCGCAUCUAGUUUGCGGAAUGGUGGUGCAGGAUUAGCAUGUAUUGAGAAAGUGGUUGGACAUCUGGAAGAGGCCAACAUUACUGUGGAGCAGUGGCACGCUGCAAGCGCAGCAGGGCAGUUCGAACUUGUCCUCAGUCCGCACGCGCCCUUUCAAUCGUGCGAUGAACUGAUAUACGCCAAGGAGCUGAUCUAUAGUGUUGCUCACGAGAUGGGUUUAAAAGCGACAUUCUCGCCCAAGCCCUUCCAAGCUGCACGCGGUACUAGAUCGCCCAUGCAUGUAUCUCUUCAUAAGAAAAACAAGCAACUACCAGACGAUGUAUUGCAAUCGGGGACCUCGUCGUCCUCUCCCACAUCACCCGCUGGUAGAACAAGCCCCACCAUCAACUUCAUCGAAAGUCAUUGGCUGGCGGGAAUAUUGUUACACUUGCCUGCAAUCACAGCUUUCUUGCAACCUUCGUCAUUCUCUUACGACCAAGAAGCAAACAGUUUCUGGAGUGAAGGUACUUGGGCCUUUUGGGGAACGGGAAACAGGUCGGCCCCGAUCCGACUUUGCACAUCGACUGCCACUUCUGGAAUAGCAGUUGCAAAACAUUUUGAAUUGACAACAUGUGAUGCCACUGCAAAUGUUUAUUUGGCACUCAGUGCUGUUCUGACCGCCGGCCUGCUGGGAAUUCAGACGCCUAUCGAUCUUCUGCAUCCUGAUUGUCGUGUUGAUGUAAACAAGAUGACAGCUCAAGAAAGGCAAGCUCACAAGAUCAUCUCACCUUUACCGCGAAGUCUAGAUGAAGCUUUGUUGGCUCUGGAAAAAGACACCACAUUGAGCAAAGCACUUGGCCAAGUAUUUGUACGCGCAUACACAACGACGAAAAUGACCGAAAUCGAACGCUACAAAGCGUUAACAAGCGAGGAACAAAGGCGAUUUGAAUUGGAACAGUAUUGA